AUGAGUGCCACUACAUCUAUUCCAAAAUCGCAACAACCUCCACAAAAACCAGGCUUUCGAAAAAUAAUGACCUGGAAUCCUAAAAGAAGUAGCAAAAAAGCCCCUCAUUUAUCUUAUGAUAGUGCGCCUGAAAGUUCACGUGUACCCUUAGAUGUUUUGCUUUUUGAACAAUGGGUUCUAGGUAGUGAAGGAGACGACAAAUCAUCGCCUGCUCCGGCGAGUCCCACUCCUAGUUUGAGGAGUCUCAAAUCGGGUCGACCAUCUCUGUUUGCGACUUUUGCACGCAGAAAUUCUACUAAAAGUGAGCACUCCUCAAGGAGCCGUUCACCUACGAGUCCUAGACAAUCACAUGACUUAAAUUUUUCUUCCGAUGGAGUUCGUACUCCCCCAAGCCCGACACCUUCACGAAAUUCAAUGAUAUUUGAAAGGGAUAUCGAAUUUCAUGAUCAUCUUAGCGUUCACGAGGCUAUCGACCUCGCUAUUCCUCCCGUUUUAGAUGACGCAGCCGAAGCAUUUGUAAAUGAAGAAAUAUCUACUACCAUUCUAACAGAGAAAAAUGGGGAACUUCAGGAAGAUAAUGGAGAUGGAAAAGACGGUGAAUCUGGAACCGGAAAACAAGAAUCAAAUGGUGAGGAUCCUCGGGUUAUUCCAUUAGUAGAGAAUGAGGGUCGAAAGCGACUUUCGUUAAUAAAUUAUGCGGACGUUAUUGAUCACCAACAUACAAUUGCUGAAACCUUAAGAGUAACAACGCCAAGAGAAAUGAAUGGUUUAACUGGAAUAUUUGAUAAAUAA